AUGGACAUUUUCAAUUCGGCGUUGAAGAAUCCGGUGCCGCCGUUGAUCAAGAAGGAAGAGGAGAAGUUGGAAAGCGAAGCAGCACUUAAGAGGAAGAAGACAUCCAGAAGAAAGCACAGAAACUCGCAUUUGGGGUGUGGCACUUGUAAAAAGAGGAGGAUCAAGUGUGACGAGAACUUGCCAUCAUGUUUGAACUGUUUGAAAGGUAAGUUGCAUUGUGCGUACUUAAAUUUGGACUCCAACGCGAGAAAUGCUCUUCGAAUGGCGCAAUAUAACCAGCAUUUGAGGCAAGAUAGACCUGACAACGAAAAGUCGCCCCAAUCCAACACUGGGGGCACUAAUUCAUCGUCUGCAUCUCCAAAUGAGGUUCUUCUUAACACCAAUGCUCCGCAAACUACAUUCACUGUUCCUUAUCCAAUUAUUCAAACUACAGCUACACCGGUGAAUAUGCCUCAACAGGCCCAUGUUAUUCAAUCUCCGUAUGGACCUUUGGUUUCGUUACAACCGAUGCAACAGCAGAUGACGAACAUGGCCAUUCCCUAUCCACAAGUACCAAUGGUUCAGUCAGCGGUUCCCCUCAUAUAUUCCAAUGCACAACCAAUGGCACAUAUGCAGAAUGGCCAUCCAAUUCCGUCGCCAUCAGUCUCAGUUGCACCACCAUCGGAAAUGAAUUCAGGGACUCCGCCAGUUUCCCAAUCCAUGCGCAUGCAAUCUAUGUCUACACCCAUGAUGAAUACGAUGAAAGAGAAAGACUUAGCAUUGCCCCCGAUACCAACUAUACCUCAAUCAAAUACCUCGGCAUCAUUAAGAACAUCCCCAAAGUUAUCGAGUGCGAACCACUCUGUGUCCUACAAUUCAUUACCAUCGAUUAAUAGCGAAUAUAAAAUUAAACAACUGACAGAUAACUCCAUUAAGAAUUCACCAAUUUUACCUCCAUUAAAGAAUAGCCACAAUAACAACAAUUCUCCAAAUGCCAAUGCCGAGGAAUCAGACAAGAACCCAAAAAUAUCAAAAUUGUUAUCCUAG